AUGGAUUACUCUAACUAUGCCGGUCAUCAAUCCCAGUCCUUUAUGUACGGGCUGCCAACCCCCGACCAACCACCACAGCAACAAUCUGACGACUCUCUGCGCGAUCCAUACUCUCUGCAGCACCACCAGAACACCUAUAAUCAAUAUUUCCCGGGGUUGGAAGGCUCCUUGCGCAUCGACCCCUCAUCGUUUGUCCCGCAACCGCAUUCACCGCCAGAUUCUUUCACCAAGCACUCGGUCUCGAGCAAUGACUUUGGUCAUAAUUCAAAGAUGGACCCGUCUUCGCUCGAUGGGGACGAAAACAACUUCGGGGAUGCUGGUCUAGGCCGCAGUAGUAGCGAGGAGAAGGACUCCAUGACUCCGGCGCAAAGCAAGCGCAAGGCGCAGAAUCGUGCAGCUCAACGAGCCUUCCGCGAGCGAAAAGAGCGCCACGUCAAAGACCUCGAAGACAAAGUCAACUCCCUGGCAGAAGCCUCCGGUACCCUCCAAGCUGACAAUGAGCGCCUGAAGCGCGAACUUGCCAAAUUCGCCACUGAAAACGAGAUCUUGCGAGUAACGUCAGGCUCAAUGAAUGGUGGUGGUGGUGGCGGCCCUCGUAAUUCCAUUGGUAUGGAAGAGCAGCACACCGUCACAGGUCCAAUGGAUUAUUCCCCCACAGACUUCUACAGCACAUUAAUGCCUGAGGGGUCUGGAUGGGGCCCUGCACCUGGGAGUAGUGACACUGCACCGCCGGCUUCGCACCGGGUUAUGGUCUGUGAAGUCACGGGUGAAAAGCUUCUUGAUGCAGGAGCCACGUGGGAUUUCAUUCAAAAGCAUGAGCUUUUCAAGGCGGGGCAAGUGGAUAUUGAGGGAAUUGCAGAUCGACUCAAGGGGUUGGCCCAGUGUAAUGGGCAGGGUCCUGCUUUUCAGGAAGGAGAGGUGAUAAGGGCCAUUGAGGCCAGUGUGGUGGAUCAGGAUCGGUUGAUCUGA